UCUCACACCUUGCACCUUUUCAUAAUGCUGCCACUAAUGGGUGGCUUUUGCACAUGGCUACUGGUACUUCUGCUGGCUGCCUCAAUUCAGGGUGAACGCACUGGGUCUGAAGCAACAGGCAGGCAGCUGAUGCAAGUGAAGGUCCUCCAGGUCGCACCUGAGACCCAGGCGCAGCAUUUCCUCCACCAACUGCGCUUGGAGUCUUGGGACGCCGAUGUCGGCGAUGUCGCCAACGGCACGGUUGCGCAGUCGCAGCCCUUGGAGUGGCGCAUGGUGAGGCGCUUUCCACCCUUGGUGUCGCCAGGUGGGCGGGUAAAUCCCAAGUGCGGCAACGUGGGCAUCCGCUUUCCACAGCUGAUUUCCAGAAACCAGUCUACCAUGGAUGCUUUCUAUAGAUAUGCCUGCGGAUCAGCGGCUGAUUUCUUCAUCACAGACCCAACCCUUGCAAUGACGGGCACCAUGGCCAGCUUGGAGCAAGGGUGCAUGAACCUGCAACCCUGGCCGGAUAUGAUUAGAGCAAGCAAUCGCACGCACGGAGAGUAUCUAUACAGGUCCUGCGGGGAGCGCAGCGGAGAGCAUUGUUCGGCCCAGAACUUUACGGCCGCCAAGGUGACGCCCAUCACCGUGGAUGAAGAUGUGCUGGCAGUGUCUAGCCUAAGAUCUCUUCCACAGAUGGACUAUCAGCAUGCCUUGUUGGACUUUUUAGCCCCAGCCUGGAUCGCUUCGAACGGAUUCCGGAAGGAACUGCUCAACGGCUCGGUGAAAAUGCUUGCAGUCACCCCUUGGCAAAUUGAGAUGUUGAAGGCGCUGGGGAUGCCCGAGGAUGCGAUUCUCCAAGUGGAUAUUGGGGAGUACAAAGCAGAUUCCCCCAAGUUGGUGCUGUGCAGCAAGCGAUCAUUGCACCUCUUCCGCCCGGGGGGGCCUGAAGGCAGGCGUUUGCCUGAGCUGCCCUUUCGGGACAGCCGGUCAUAUUCGGAUUUUUGGCAUCGCUUCUUCAACUGGCAGGUCCGGGAUGAAAUCACCCACGCUAUCACCACGUUCGCGGGCUUAAAGGAGCCAUCAGCCUCGGGCGAUAUCGUCUUCCUUCAACGCUGCACAGAUCGACGGCCCAUCGCCAACGAACAGGAAGCAUUAAGCCUCACACGCACGGCCUUGACAGCUGCCAACAGAUCAGAACUGCUCACAUCAGUCUGUGGUAGUCGCGAAGACUUCUUAGAGCAGAUUAGAGAGAUGCGCACGGCGCGGCUGGUCAUCGGCGCGCACGGCGGGGCCUUGGCCAACUUGCUCUUCGCACCCAAAAAUGCAGGUGUUCUGGAGUUUGUGGGCACCGCUGCGGCACACGCUGGGCUGGCAGGAGUGUGGCCGCCCUACAAGAGUUACUGGUACGGAGGAGCUGGAGCGGCCUUCAAGUUCUACCGGGUGGUGUUGUAUGACGCCGAUGCAGAGGGGAACUGGGCCUUAGAGCUCCCAGACUACGAGUUGGCGCUGCAGGAAUGGCUGGCCACCGAGAAGCCGUUGCAGCAUACUGUCUGAGGGCAGCCUGCUUUCAUGAAGAAAAAAAUUGGUGAAAAUGAUGAUUUUACCAUGGG